AGUCUUAGUCAGUAGUCAAUUACAAAGGAACGCGAACGGUUGUUUCAGUAUAGAUUUUUAUAUAUACUUUAUAUUUGAUUUAUACAUAUUUAUAUAUAUACAUAUAUUUACAUCGCCCUAUUCUUUCUACAUACAUAAACUAAAAAUAUGCGUUCAGUGAUUUUUUCUGUGCUAAUCUGCUACAUUUCUGUAGUUAUAAACGCUGAUAACUCGGAAGAGUGCGAGGGAUCACUAUGCAAUAAUGGUGAAUGCAUUGAUCAACUGUACUGGUGCGAUGGAUCUGUGCAGUGCGAAGAUAAAUCGGAUGAAAUGGAUUGCAAAAAGAUGUUAUGCGGAGAUGCAGAUUUCAAAUGUUACUAUGGCGCCUGUAUAGCAUAUAACAAAACUUGCGAUAAAGAAAUCAAUUGUUUGGAUGGCAGUGAUGAAUGGUCUGAUAUUUGUAAAAAUGUUACGCCGUGCCCAGCCGAUAAAUUCCAGUGUGGAUAUGGGGGAUGUGUAGAUCUCGACAAAAAAUGUGAUGGAACUUUCGAUUGUCCCGACCAAACCGACGAGUUACCACCCUUGUGUGAUGGACCUCUUCUAAGCUAAACUUAAAUACUGUAAUUAUGGCAAUGAAUUGAAAAUUUCAACGUUUAAGAUGGUUUUACACUUUCAUUUUGAAGGCCAAAUAUUAGAGACCAAACCAUCAUAAGAGUGAGGUAAAACGAAGGUGGAAAAAAUAUAUAUAAAAAAUAACAUAAAAUUAUAUAAAAAGUGUAUUAUGUGAUUAGUUGCUACUAAGAUAUAUUUAGAUAAACUGUAA